AAACAAGGGGGCAUUGGAGAAGAUGUUUACAUCCAAACAAUGGAAAUCCAGUCCUUUUUCUGGAACAACAGGUGGGAAACUCGUUCAAAGUCUCGUUAUGGAUGAUAAGUUUUGGAAAAGUGUUGUGGUUUGCUUGGUUGGCGCUAGUCCUCUGAUCAAGGUGCUUCAUUUGGUGAGUUUGGACCAGAAACCAGUCAUAGGUUUCAUUUAUGAUGAAAUGAAGAGAGUAAAAGAGAAGAUCAAGCAUGCCUUUAAAUCUGACAAGAAACGUUAUAUGCCUUUAUGGGACAUCAUAGAUGAAAGAUGGGACGAAGAAACUCUUAGGCCUUUGCAUGCCACAGCUUAUUAUCUUAACCCUCGGUUUCACUAUGAUCCUAGUUUCGAAGAAGAUUUUGAUGUUAAACUUGGUUUGUACGGGUCUUUAAGCAAGACGAUAGCAAAGCAAGACUGGUCUAAGGUUGAUCAUAUGCUUGAAGAUUUCAAGCAUGCAAGAAACUCUCUUGGUAAUGAAAUAGCCAAGAUUGCAAUUAAAACCAAAAAUCCUGCUGAUUGGUGGGACUCAUAUGGUUCUGAACUUCCCGAGCUCCAACAUUUUGCUAAACGAAUACUGAGUUUGACAACCAAUUCUUUUGGCUGUGUGGAUAACCGGAAUGCCUUUGAUAUGGUACACAUGAAGAGAAGAAACCGUUUGAGGCAACAGAUACUGAAAGAUGUACUGCUAAUGAUGUCUAAUUCAAAGUUAGCCGAAAGGCACCAAGCUGAAAAAUCCAUUGAACAUAGCAUAGACGAUCUUUCUUCUGAUGAUGAAUGGAUUAUAGAGAGUAAUGAAAACGUAUCUAACAAUGAAGAGUCAGAGUUAGAUGACUUGUGCUUGUUUAUUCCAAUUGAAGAUGAUGUGGCAGAUUCUAAAGAUGAUAAUGGUGCUUAUGUAGAUGAUCUACAGAUUCAUGAUGAUGAUGAUGAUAUUGAACUUGAUGAAGAGGCAGAUGUUGAUGAUGAAGAUGAGGCAAGUUACUCAACGGAUGAUGUCACGGAUAGAGGUUUGUUCUAAAAGUCCCCUGCAUUUGUUCUUUCAUAACGAGUAGCAUGCUUGUUCAGUUUUACAAUUAGUAACAGAAGUUUCAGGUGUUUCUUUUUUGGUUUUAUAUUGUUGGCAUUAACCAACAGUGACUGAAAUCUCUUCCUUCUCGACAAUUGGCGCCACUCAAAAAUAUGCUCUGGCUUUCAACUUUAUAUCAUGGUUUCUUUUUCUGUUUUUGUACUAUAAAACUUUGCUGACUUGAGCAAGAUUGGAAGCCUUAAAAUACAUAAUGAAUCAUAUACACCUAUAGACUCUCAUCCAUUCAUACUAAUAUACUAAAAUAAUAUAACAGUUCAAACAUC